AUGGUCCGCGCAAUCCGGGAUUUCUAUAGGAAAACCGGGAUCAAGGUAAUUGAAAUAUGUAAAAAAAAAGGCAGAUUUCACUGAUUUAGCUACAAUUCCUCUUGCUUUUUAAUUCUUACUUUAUCCUUUUUAAUAUGUGUAUCUUGUAAAUCUCAGUUUCUCUAAAUGUAGCUGUUGUUUUGACUAACACAAUAUAUUUUCCCACAAUCCGCCUCUCCUGACUGGAAGGUAGGCAGUGUCCUGUAGCCAAUCACUGUCUUAUUACGUUCUAGGAUAUAAUAUGCAGUGUUUCAGUUAUGUUCUAUUAGGAAAGAGGACAGUAAUUGGCUGUAGAGUGGAGUCAGGUCAGCAGCUGAGCUCACACUUAUUGGUUGAGCUGAGUGUGUACCCGAACAACUUUUAAUCGGAAAGAUGUCUUCUGAAAAGGAGAGGUAAGGCUAUGGAGUCGGUUAUGUCUUCAAAGAAAUGUAAAAGUGGAGAAAAAUACAGCUUGUAUAUGAGACCAAAUUCUCAUUGAAUGAACUUAAGUCGUGUUGAUGUCUGGAGGGUCCCUUUUAAGGUUUGUACAAAAGGAAUUUCCCGCUAAUAGGACGUAUUGAGACGUAGCUGCUCUCUGUUCAGAGUGUGUGUACCAGGUCUGUCCACGUUACUGUCCGUGGUUUCCUUGCUGUUAUGGCAUUUCUAAUAACAUUUCUUUUUUCCUUCAUCAAUUUUGGAAAAUGUUUAAUUUGUCUUUAAGCUAGUUACAUCAGUAUGCAGCCUUUGGCACUCCAGAUGCUUUGCCAGCAUGGUGUCUGUAAGAGUACUGUGGGAGAUGUAGUCCACAUCAUUUGGAUUGGGGAAGGUGGACAAGCCCUGAGCUAGAACCUAUAACAAUAUAUGUGUGUAGACCACCCAGGUGCAGCAAUAGGAGUAAAGAAUAAAGGUUAUUACUUCCCUUAUAUAUUAGGUUGUAACACAGGAUUCCUCAAAAUCCUCAAAUACUAAUAUCAAAUACAAGAUACACCUAAAAAACAGAGGCAAAAAGAAAUUCAUAGAGCAACACCAUACAAUAAGGAAGUGGCCCCUUGGUAGUAAUAUUGCACUCACAGAAUGUACGAAUUGUUCAAGCCCAUCAGUAUCUCUUUAAAUAUUCAGAAGAAGUGAGCAGUAAGAAUGCUCAUCAAUAAAUCACUGAGUCCUCUACUCCCAGGUGGUACAAAGGUAGACGAUGAAUAUCCAUAAAAAAGCUCAACGCGUUUCGUCUACUUCAGUGUAGACUUCCUCAGGAGAAAAUCGUAAAAAAACAGGUACAGCAUAAAAAAUCAUACAUCAAAAACUCUCAAAUGCCAGUAGUGGCUUUUAAAUAUCCCCCACUUCUGAUCUUCAUUCGUUCCGCCAAUCAAUUGCACUGGGAUCAUCUGUUUCCCAUUCUUCUAUCAGUCCAUGCCCUUAUUUGGACUUCCGUUCCUCUUCGUGGAACGCAUAUGCGUUCCACCUCUCGGCGGCUCAGGAGGACGUCAUCCGUCUGCGCGUGGAACGCAUAUGCGUUCCAUUUCGCCAGUUCCGUCGAUCGGGAACAAUAUAAGGGUCAGAUACAACAAGGCAUACAUGAUUAGAUUCAGCAAAGUUCACCAGUAAAAGUUAUAUUUAUAACAAUAAACCCAAUAUCACAAAGUAUCAGAAGAAAACAAAAAAGGAUAUGUAUACAUAGAUGUCAUCUAAGUUAACUCCUCCAAAGGGGGUGAUUCUGGAAAAUACAAACCUAUAAUAUAAAUAUGCUAAUGAAAUGAAAAAAAUGAGAAAAAAUAGAAUGAAAAUGAAAUAAUGUAAAUAAAAAUAAAUGAAAAUAAAGAAAAUAAUAAAAAAAAAUAAAAGAAUAUAAAAAUAAAAAUGAAUAUAAAUAUAAAAAAAAAUAAUUAAUAAAUAAAAAAAUAUAUAUUUUUAUUAUUUAUUAUUAAUUAUUUUUUUAAAUAUUUAUAUUCAUUUUCAUUUUUAUUUUUAUUAUUUUUUAUUUAUUUUCUUUAUUUUCAUUUAUUUUUAUUUACAUUAUUUCAUUUUCAUUCUAUUUUUUCUCAUUUUUUUCAUUUCAUUAGCAUAUUUAUAUUAUAGGUUUGUAUUUUCCAGAAUCACCCCCUUUGGAGGAGUUAACUUAGAUGACAUCUAUGUAUACAUAUCCUUUUUUGUUUUCUUCUGAUACUUUGUGAUAUUGGGUUUAUUGUUAUAAAUAUAACUUUUACUGGUGAACUUUGCUGAAUCUAAUCAUGUAUGCCUUGUUGUAUCUGACCCUUAUAUUGUUCCCGAUCGACGGAACUGGCGAAAUGGAACGCAUAUGCGUUCCACGCGCAGACGGAUGACGUCCUCCUGAGCCGCCGAGAGGUGGAACGCAUAUGCGUUCCACGAAGAGGAACGGAAGUCCAAAUAAGGGCAUGGACUGAUAGAAGAAUGGGAAACAGAUGAUCCCAGUGCAAUUGAUUGGCGGAACGAACGAAGAUCAGAAGUGGGGGAUAUUUAAAAGCCAUUACUGACAUUUGAGAGUUUAUGAUGUAUGAUUUUUUAUGCUGUACCUGUUUUUUUACUAUUUUCUCCUGAGGAAGUCUACACUGAAGUAGACGAAACGCGGUGAGCUUUUUUAUGGAUAUUCAUCGUCUACCUUUGUACCACCUGGGAGUAGAGGACUCAGUGAUUUAUUGAUGAGCAUUCUUACUGCUCACUUCUUCUGAAUAUUUAAAGAGAUACUGAUGGGCUUGAACAAUUCGUACAUUCUGUGAGUGCAAUAUUACUACCAAGGGGCCACUUCCUUAUUGUAUGGUGUUGCUCUAUGAAUUUCUUUUUGCCUCUGUUUUUUAGGUGUAUCUUGUAUUUGAGAACCUUAACAAUACAGGACUCUGUAUCAUAAUGUCACACAGAGAUGGUUCUAACCUGAUGGCGUUGAUUAAUGACGGCCAGACCGGAACCGAAAGAUGAUCUAGAAACCAAACUCCAGUAAUAGCCAAUAGAUGAAAUACUCCUCAAAUGUAAUCAUGAAAUAUCCCAUGUUCCGUUAAGUCAAACCAACCUCCAGGGUUGUUACCUGGCCAAAAUUGCCAAAAUGGAAGCAUAUCUGGUUUGAAGAAUUAUUUUAGGUUGGCUACAUUUGUCGUUUGAAAUUCACUUUUAAUUCUAACAAUUCUCACUUUAGUAAAUAACUCUGACUCAAUCUAUAAUGUCUUAAUUCUGAAUCUGUCACUGGUUUAUUGUUAACCCCUUGCUCUUUGUCUCUUUUCCUGUGUCUAGGUUGGGUUUAAACCAGCCGGAGGGAUUCGUUCUGCAAAGGAAGCUCUGGUCUGGCUCUCCCUUAUCAAGGAAGAGCUGGGUGACGAAUGGUUGAGCCCAGCGCUUUUUCGCAUAGGAGCUAGCACUUUAUUGGGAGACAUUGAGAGACAGGUUAGAAUAAGAUCUGUCUCUGAAUUUAUCAUUCUCCUUGGGCUUUAUUUAACAAUAUUUGUUACACUUGUUUGUAGUGAAUUAAAAACGUAAUUGCUCAUUUUUCCACCACUGUAUAUUAUUAUAACUGCAGCUCUGUUGUUCUGAGGUUCAGUUCAUCACAGAGGUCCCCUGUCUCGCCGCACACAGUGUAUUAUAACUGCAGCUAUAAGGUUAUGGUGUAAGGAGCUCCCCUGUCUCCCCGCACACAGUGUAUUAUAACUGCAGCUAUAAGGUUAUGGUGUAAGGAGGUCCACCGUCUCCCCACACAGUGUAUUAUAACUACAGCUAUAAAGUUAUAGUGUAAGGAGGCCUCCUGUCUCCCCGCGCACAUUGUAUUAUAACUGCAGCUAUAAGGUUAUGGUGUAAGGAGGUCCUCUGUCUCCCCGCACACAGUGUAUUAUAACUGCAGCUAUAAGGUUAUGGUGUAAGGAGGUCCCCUGUCUCCCCGCACACAGUGUAUUAUAACUGCAGCUAUAAGGUUAUGGUGUAAGGAGGUCCCCUGUCUCCCGCACACAGUGUAUUAUAACUGCAGCUAUAAGGUUAUGGUGUAAGGAGGUCCCCUGUCUCCCCGCACACAGUGUAUUAUAACUGCAGCUAUAAGGUUAUGGUGUAAGGAGGUCCCCUGUCUCCCCGCACACAGUGUAUUAUAACUGCAGCUAUAAGGUUAUGGUGUAAGGAGGUCCCCUGUCUCCCCGCACACAGUGUAUUAUAACUGCAGCUAUAAGGUUAUGGUGUAAGGAGGUCCCCUGUCUCUCCGCACACAGUGUAUUAUAACUGCAGCUAUAAGGUUAUGGUGUAAGGAGGUCCCCUGUCUCCCCGCACACAGUGUAUUAUAACUGCAGCUAUAAGUUAUGGUGUAAGGAGGUCCCCUGUCUCCCCGCACACAGUGUAUUAUAACUGCAUCUAUAAGGUUAUGGUGUAAGGAGGUCCCCUGUCUCCCCGCACACAGUGUAUUAUAACUGCAGCUAUAAGGUUAUGGUGUAAGGAGGUCCCCUGUCUCCCUGCACACAGUGUGUUAUAACUGCAGCUAUAAGGUUAUGGUGUAAGGAGGCCCCCUGUCUCCCCGCACACAGUGUAUUAUAACUGCAGCUAUAAGGUUAUGGUGUAAGGAGGUCCCCUGUCUCCCCGCACACAGUGUAUUAUAACUGCAGCUAUAAGGUUAUGGUGUAAGGAGGUCCCCUGUCUCCCCGCACACAGUGUAUUAUAACUGCAGCUAUAAGGUUAUGGUGUAAGGAGGUCCCCUGUCUCCCCGCACACAGUGUAUUAUAACUGCAGCUAUAAGGUUAUGGUGUAAGGAGGUCCCCUGUCUCCCCGCACACAGUGUAUUAUAACUGCAGCUAUAAGGUUAUGGUGUAAGGAAGUCCCCUGUCUCCCUGCACACAGUGUAUUAUAACUGCAGCUAUAAGGUUAUGGUGUAAGGAGGUCCCCUGUCUCCCCUGCACACAGUGUAUUAUAACUGCAGCUAUAAGGUUAUGGUGUAAGGAGGUCCCCUGUCUCCCCGCACACAGUGUAUUAUAACUGCAGCUAUAAGGUUAUGGUGUAAGGAGGUCCCCUGUCUCCCCGCACACAGUGUAUUAUAACUGCAGCUAUAAGGUUAUGGUGUAAGGAGGUCCCCUGUCUCCCUGCACACAGUGUAUGAUAACUGCAGCUAUAAGGUUAUGGUGUAAGGAGGUCCUCUGUCUCCCCGCACACGGUGUAUUAUAACUGCAGCUAUAAGGUUAUGGUGGGCCCCUGUCUCCCUGCACACAGUGUAUUAUAACUGCAGCUAUAAGGUUACGGUGUAAGGAGGUCCCCUGUCUCCCCGCACACAGUGUAUUAUAACUGUUAUAUUGGGUCGCUCACAUAUGUCAUGGGGAAAAUUGCAUCCUGCAAAUUAAACUCCUUACUUCUUUAAAUUAUCCUUUAUAGAGUUCUAUGGAAUUGACGAGCUAUGGCUGCAUACUAUAUAGUUUCAUUAAUGAAAAAACACAAAUUAAGUCUUCUAGCAGAUUUGUGCAAAAACUAUUCCAGCUUGUCAAAAUCCAUAGUGUGGGAUUUACCUGUGAAGUUCUUAUCGUUUGAAAAGGUGCCACAGAUAGAUUCUGGAUGAUUCGAAUAACUAUGGGCUAUGAGGAAUUUCUAUCCUAUAACAGCACUUUGUGACUGUGCUUCUCAGAGCAUCUGUAAAGAUCAGACAGCAGAGCUCACACCAGCAGCUGCUAAUCCUGAAGGAUAUGCAGACGUUUUAAACGUAUGGUGUUUUUAGUUAUUUAGUUUUGUUUUAAUGCAUUUUUUGUUAAAUUGUGCUCAGUUACAGUCUGUUUAGAUUCUUACAUUGUCUGAAUCUGAUGGCAAAUGGUGACGUUGGUUUAGAUAUUUUUCAAUAUGCUCUGAAUUGGUGCAUUUUGUUCUAAUCAAAUCUGCUGCAUUUUUAUUUGUUUGUUUUUGGUUAUUUUUGUGAAUCUACAAAUCAGGUAAUUUUCCUUUUUGUCGUUUUUUUUUUUACUUUAAUCUUACAUAUUAUCUUGUUAUUUUUGUGGCAGAUUUACCACCAUGUGACAGGAAGAUACGCAGCGCAUCAUGAUCUGCCGAUGGCCUAA